UGAGCUCUUGAAGAAACCCGUCAUGCUGAAACAAUCAGACUCGACUCCAGUUUCUGCUCUCGAGUGCUGAGUCAUGCUGAGUCGUUGUGAAAUCUCUGCUGUCUGCAAGUUUCCUUUCCUCCAAAAUGAGUCACGGCUUUCUCUCUCGUCAGAAUACGCCGUGAGCGUCGUAAACGGGACGUUCUCAUGGGCCAAACAAGACCAAGCCACUCUUGACAACAUUAAUGUGAUGGUGCCGCAGGGCUCUCUGCUGGCGGUCGUGGGUCACGUGGGUUGCGGGAAGACGUCGCUCGUGUCCGCCCUGCUGGGAGAGAUGGAGAAGCAGGAGGGUCAGAUCUCCAUACGGGGAUCCGUGGCUUACGUACCGCAGCAGGCCUGGAUCCAGAACGCCACGCUCAGAGACAACAUCUUGUUCGGCAGACCGUACGUGGAGCAGAGGUACCGCUGCGUGCUGGAGGCCUGCGCUCUGACCCCUGACCUGGAAGUGCUUCCUGGAGGAGACCAGACUGAGAUCGGAGAGAAGGUGCUGGAUCUCAAUGGCUGUGCAUGACUUUUGAAUAAGCUGGGCUGUCAGUUUAACAUGUUCAUUUAAUACAGUUAAUUAUAUUCAAGUGCAUUUUAUAAUGUU